AUGGAUGUGAGCGCCGCUGUCAUCCUAAAUGAGCGACUUGGAUGCCAGCUCAAGGACCAUCCAUUCGCCUCCGCCAUGAUGAGUAGCAUGAAUUGGCACUAUACAGCUGGCCUCAAGAGCAAGUGGGUUCGAUGGAGCCCUCUCUUACGUUUGCUGUCUUGGUACAACGGUCACAAGAUGAAUAAGUACAUCUCGGCUGUAAUCGAUAGACACUCUGCGAAGGAUUCCGUGGCAGACACGUCGUGUGAGACCCUCCUGGACUUCACUCUAGCACAGCACAUGAAGAAGGAAGCGGUCGGUCCCGACUUCAGACCGGACGACAAGUACAAGAAGUGGCUGACGAUUCAGCUCCGCCUCUUCAUGUUUACCGGCCACGCAUCCUCUGCGCCGACAAUAUCCUACUGUUACUACCUUCUCUCGCAGAAUCCCACCGCAAUGGCCAAGCUGCGGGCAGAGCACACACAGGUAUACGGCCCAAACCCAAUCGACGCGGCUCAGCGAAUGUGCGAGCAGCCACUCAGCCUGAAUCAGCUUCCCUAUACAACAGCGGUAAUCAAGGAGACGCUGCGGCUCUUCCCGCCGGCUUCGAGCUUCCGGGCAGGGGCGUCGGGCGUGGAUCUCUACGACAGGAAGGGCGGCCGCCGGUUUCCCACGGAGGGCAUGCACAUCUGGGUGAUACACAGUGCGUUGCAUCGCGACCCUUCUUGCUGGGUCGAUGCAAACGCAUUCAUACCUGAGCGGUGGCUCACGCUUGCUAUGCACAGCCUCAAGAUCACCAUGGUCAUGACGGUGCGCUUGUUCGGCUUCCAGGCCAUGUACGGCGAAGUCGACGGGGCAUGCUCGGCAGAUGGCAGGGUGGUUAAGACCUUGGGUGGGGAGAGAGCGUACCCGAUCGGGGCUGGAGGGUCUCAGCCUGCCGAUGGCAUGCCUUGCAAGGUGGUAUUGAGAGUGUUGGAAGAGUGA